CCCUGACACCAUGAGCUACUACGGCAGCUACUACGGAGGCCUGGGCUAUGGCUACGGAGGCUUCGGUGGCCUGGGCUAUGGCUAUGGAUGUGGAUGUGGCGGCUAUGGAUAUGGUUCUGGCUUUGGAGGCUACGGAUAUGGCUGCUACCGCCCAUCAUACUAUGGAGGAUAUGGAUUCUCUGGAUUCUAUUAA